AUGGUUCGAUUACUACAUGAAAAAGGUGAACUAAAUGAAUAUUGUUUGCCUAAACGACAAAAUCUCGACACACUUGUGAUAAAUGAUGAAGAAGUGUCUAAUGAAGAGCAAAAUGAGAAGAGACCAGAUAUUAUCGAUAAACAGAUUGCUAUAUGUCCGUGCUCACUGCACGAUGAUAAUAAUAAUAAUUGCUGGCAUCUGUAUCAAAUAAUCAUGAUAUCGUCGGAUGGUACUAUAUUUAGAAAAGAACUGGGUUUUGUUGUUCCAUUUCAAAUGUCUAACCUGUGUACAUUUAAUAUUUAUGAUACGAAUGAAAUAUAUACAGUUAAAGUUGUAUAUGUCGAUGAAAUUGAUUACAAUACUUAUCAAAGUGUAAUUAAUUCAUUUUGUCCAUUUCUGUUUGAAAAAAUAUUUACUUUUGAUAAAGAGACUCUAAAAUAUGAUCCAUGUCAAUCGUCGUAUAAAAUGUUGCCCUGUUUACUUGACGAUUUGAAUAGAAUUGAUAUUGUACGAAUGAGUGAAAUGAUUGAACGAGCACAAAUAACUGUAAAAGAUAAUUUAAAUUUAAAUGAGAAUGAUAUUUAUGUAUAUUCUGUACCAAAUUCAAAUAAAAAAUUUUCUCUUAUCCUUGAUCCGGAUACUUGUGAUACUUCAUUAAAAACAGGUAACAGUUUAGCUCAUAAUGGUGAAACAUAUGUGGACUUUUAUAAACAAAAAUAUGGAUUAAUACUCAAACAUCCUGAUAUGCCCAUGGUUCGUUUAAAAUUUGCUGAUCGAUUAACAAUACAUUUUUUAUAUCGUGAUCAUGAGAUUAGUAAAAAAACAAAAACAUCUGAUCAUGAAUCAAUGUAUUAUCCAAUUGAGAUGUUAACUUAUGCUGCUUUAAAUAAACAAGAUUUUCAAUUAUUUAAUAAAAUACCGUCAAUUUUUACACGUAUUACACAAUUGUAUCAUAUUGAACAUUUACGUCAAUAUAUCGGUGAAAAUCUUAAUCAUUAUAAGUUAUCAACUGUUGCAGCUGAAGACACAUCAUCAGUGACGUUUCAAGAUUGUUUAAGAAAUAGUGUUCCUCAUAGUAGUAUGAAUAAUAAUCAUGUUACAUCGACAAUACAAACGCUAAAAUUGCCACUUAUUGAUUUGACCUACGAUAAUCUUUUGUCUACUUCAUUAAUUAAUCAUCAUAAUCAAUUAACACCUCACAUACUAUUUCAAGCAAUUACACGUCGUUCGACUGGUGAAAAAACGGAUAUGGAAAAUUUAGAAAUAUUAGGUGAUUGUUUUUUAAAAUUAGCUAUAUCAUUAUCAAUGUAUUAUAAAUAUUCACAAGAAAGUGCCGGAUAUUUAACAGUAAAUAAAACACGUUUUAUUUCAAAUUUAACAUUGUAUCGUCAAAUGAUAAAAAAAAAUUUAAAAUCCUAUUUAUAUACACAAAAAAUUGUUUAUCGUGGUAAAGAAGCAAACUGGUUACCACCUGGCUAUAUUGUCAUGAAAGAAAAUAUUGAGGAGUCGAAUAAUAAUAAUAAUAAUAAUAUUUAUGAAUUGGGUAAUAGAAGGUACGUUAAACAAGUGGCUAAACGAAAAGCAUUUGCCGAUAUGGCCGAAAGUUUAAUUGGUGCAAUAUUAAUAACAAGUGGAUAUAGUUCUGCAAUGAAAUUUAUGAACUGGCUAGGUUUAGAUGUAUUUCCAGAAGAUGAAAAUGGUCAAAUUGUAUCAUUACCAUCGAUUGUUUGUAAUGAUCAAUGUACAAGUUUGAUUAAUGAUUUUUAUCAUCAAAAUAAAUUUGAAAAUGUUGAACAACGUUUGAAAUAUACAUUUAAAAAUAAAGCAUAUCUUAUUGCAGCACUCACUCAUCCAUCAAAUUUUGCCAAUAGAUUAACUGUUUGUUAUGAACGAUUAGAGUUUUUAGGUGAUGCUGUUCUUGAUUAUUUAGUAACACGAGAAAUAUUUAUAAAAAAUGAAAAUAUUACACCAAGUAUUAUUACAGAUAUUCGUCAAGAUCUAGCUAAUAACGGACGCUUAGCAUAUAUAUUUGUUGCGCUUGAUCUUCAAUCAUUUAUUUUACAUCAUUCACCAUCGCUAUUUGUAGAAAUAUCAUCGUAUGUUUCACAAUUUGAACAAAAUGAAUCGCUCGAUAAACGUUUAAAUAGUAAUAUUUCAUCGUAUGCUGAUAGUAGAGCUCCAAAAGCUUUGGCUGAUGUUUUCGAAGCGAUUGUUGGUGCCAUAUUUUUUGAUUCUGGAAAUUCUUUACAAAUUGUAUGGAACGUAUUUGAACCAUUUUUCAGAAAUUAUAUUGAGCGAUCUAUGAACAGUCCAAAUUUGAAUCCGAUACGAUAUGUUACUGAACAUGGAGGAAAAGUGAUCAAUGAAAAUCAAGAUGAACAAAAUGGUUCUGUGUGUAUUGUUGAAUUUCUUAAUGGUAAGAAAUAUGAAGGUACUGGUAAAAAUAAAAAAUUAGCAAAAUUUGAUGCGUGUCGAAAAGCAGUAAUGGAAAUGUCAAACGAACAACAAUAA